AUGCUCUCGUUGGCUUCCAGAACAACGUUACGUGGCCUUGCCACCUCUGCCAGGCUCGCCAAACCAGCCGUUGCUGCCUCUCCAGAGUACUUGACCACCGGUGGGUCUACUCAGUCUGUGUGGCCUAAAGGAUUCAGACAACCUAGACCAAAGACGUGGGAGGAGCUGAGCGAAUCGGCACUUUCCAAGGCUACCAAGUUCUUUUUCUUGAACGAGAUUGCUCGAGGCAUGUACAUUUGUAUGGAGAUGUUCUUCCGUUCGCCAUACACCAUCUACUACCCAUACGAGAAGGGACCUAUUUCUCCUCGUUUCAGAGGCGAACACGCUUUGAGAAGAUACCCAUCCGGUGAGGAGAGAUGCAUUGCUUGUAAGUUGUGUGAGGCCAUCUGCCCAGCUCAGGCCAUUACUAUUGAGGCUGAGGAGAGAGUCGAUGGGUCUAGAAGAACCUACAAGUACGAUAUCGACAUGACCAAGUGCAUUUACUGUGGCUACUGCCAGGAGUCUUGUCCUGUUGAUGCCAUUGUGGAGAGUCCUAACGUGGAGUACUCCACCGCUACUCGUGAGGAGUUGUUGUACAACAAGGAGAAGUUGUUGGCCAACGGUGACAAGUGGGAGCAGGAGUUGCAGUACUGUAUUGACGCCGAUGCUCCAUACCGUUAA